AAACUGAUGAGAGAACAAGGAAGCAACAUGUGCUGACCAUAAACUCCAACACAUCAGCAGCACAGACAGACGACAGGCAGGCAGCCGCGAUAAGAGACAACAAGCCCGAGGACCGCAGAUUGGACACUUUUUAAUCAUUACACCAUGAAAAGAGAGGUGAAGGCUGGAGUUGACUUUCUCAAACGCCUGGCUGUGGGACGUGGCAAGCUUGAUGAAGCCCAAGCAGAAUUGUUUUCUGAAAAGCUGCAGAAACUUUUAUGUGACAAAUAUGAUGACCACUGGUAUCCGGACUCCCCCAGUAAAGGCCAGGCAUUCAGAUGCAUCCGGAUUAAUAAUGGAGUACUUUGUGAUGGAGUGCUCCUGAAGGCGUGUGAGGAGAGUGAUCUCACCCCCAGUGAGCUGGGUCUCCCAUCUGAGGUCACACUGUGGAUCGACCCACUGGAGGUGUGCGCAAGAGCUGGAGAGAACAGCAGGCCCUUCACAAUAGCCUGUUUCAAAGAGGAAGAGGAGGAUGAUGAAGGUGUGAAGGGAGAGCAGGAUUCCUCAGACUCAAUACACCUGGACACUUCAGAUUACCAUUCUGCUACCUCGUCUGAUUGUGGUUCCGCUGCGUCGAGUGACACAGAGGAGGAGACCAAGGACGGUGAGACGGAGAGAGAGCACGAAAAAGAAGAUAAAAAUGUUGCCAAAAAGGAAGCAGCAGCAGCAGAAAACGACACCUACAAUGUCGUAAUGGUGCCCAGGAUUCGGAAGCGACAAGGAGAAGGACCAAAUAAGGUCACAUACGUCAGAAAUAUGCUUCCUGCUAGCCUCCAGUACUUCUACCACCCCGCACCAGUUUGGCCUCAGUACAAGAAAGGCGCUCCGGUUUUCCUCACCACAGUUUGUGCCCCUCCGGCACCGCCGCCUCCACCCCAGCAGGUAUUGGGCUACUACAUCUUGCCGCAGCCGUCUCCACAGUUCAUUGUGCCUCAGGCCACUCUGCAGCCGUGGGGACCUGUGCAGGGUUAAUACCAUCCAGGAACUGUGGCGUGAAGGUGGAUAGAGCAAUAUAAGCUCCUUCAACUGAGCCAAUUUCAUGUUGGGUCUCUGAGUUCAGCUAAACUUGGACCAAAAGAAAAACUUGUAUAGCUCAGAGUUAUUCCUUGCACAGCUUGUAAUAAUUCUUCUUUCUUUUUUAAUUUCUGGUGACUUGUUAUUGAUGAAAUAUACUCAGCACAGAGCUACCACUGUACUUAAUAAUGGAAUGAAAAAAGUUUGAUUCCUUGGAAUCUGUCAGGGCUGCACUGCUAUUUUUUUUUUUUACAUACUGUACACAUGAAUGACUUCAGUCACUGGGUGCUUGGACUAACUCAGGAACUCUCAGCAAUAUGCUUUAUGCCAAAUAAUGGUCUCCUCAGGUGUUUUUUCUCUUAUUCAUGUUUCUCACUUGUGCUGCAAAAUAGUGAUCCACUGUGUGUGCGUCACAGUCAAUCAUUGUAAAAUGUGAUUCAGGGUUUUAAUCUAUUGUAGCUAGUGUGACAAUAUCUGUACAUUAAGAAACAUAUUUUUACUAAACUGCUUGUAAAUAACACGAAACUUGGAUACCACAGAUUAAUGUACACUUUCUAAUCUUGCUGUCUAUUUGUUGUAAUUUAUUUGGCCACCAGUGGAUGGCACUGAACUCCCAGCUAAUACAUGAAAUUGUAUAUUUUUUUUAUUAACAGUAUUUGCUGUGUAUUGCAAAUCUAACUUCAAAGAGCAUAUGUGGUUUUAAACGUUCUCUGCUGUCAUUAAAAGGUAUAAAGAAGUUUGUUAUUUAGGGGUAUCAGUUUUACAGCCUGCUUACUCCUUUUCCAAACUUUUUUUUUUUACUGUAAAUACUUAUCCUUGCUAUGAGAAUCUGCUUUGUAAGUCGUUAAUACAAACGUGUCACUUACUGAUUCUUACAUACUGUGAUUAUUUAAUUUUAUUUAUUGACUAUCCAUGCAUCUGCAAAGCGUAUGUGUAUGCUUAAGCUUUGUUUUGCUUUCACCUUUUGAAUCACCCAUCUACUUUCUCACUGCAGAGGAUUAAAUAAUUUCAUACCUGAA